AUGGUGGAAUGACAGAAGCUACUCAAAAAAGGAAAAGAUCUUCUGGAUUGGUAGCUCAGACGUUCAUGGAUCCUCUCGAACCUCAACUCCCUUCUGUCUUAUUAACCAGACAUUAAGGGAUGGACUGCAGAAUGCCAGACAAACCCAGGAUGAGCAGGAGACGAAACGCCCACCUAGCAACAUAAGAAGAUCCAUAGAUGUCUCUAAAAGGGAAAAACACUUAGGACUGGCAGCAGUUGAAGGUGCUACCUGCUGUCUUCAAGAGAGAUUCAACACUCGGGACAGAAUCUCCUCCAAGUCACCGUCCAACCUCCGCCAGAAGAUCGCUGUCACUGUGUUGAAACCUGAGAAUGCAGAAUUCAGUCCAACCUACCAGAGUAAUGUUCUACAUUUGAUGGCAGGUAGGCUAAAUGGCAGAAGUACAGAACCAAGAAAACAAGGGGUAGCACAGGCUCCUUACCUGCCAACCAAUGUACAAAGAUCAGAGACCAAUAUAUUGCACCUCUACCUCCCAACUGCUGAGUCCUAUGAAGAGGAUGAAUCCGAAACUGCCAGGAGUAAGAAACACACCUCAGAAUAUAAUGACAAAAAAACUUCCAAAAAUAUUUUGAAAGUUGACCCACGAAAACCACUGCCACCGCACCCGCCAAGACGAGUGACAGAUAAAUGGACACGUUUGCCGUGCAAAGAAGCUGUAACCACAGCUAAGGUGUCUGUUCAAUUUGGUGGGAAUGACACAGGACUUCAUAUAUCCUCCAGUAGGAGGUGUUUGCUGGACAGCACCAAAAACAGGCUCUCUCUUUUGGAGGAUUCAGUCCCCAGGAAUUGUACCCAGAGACCGGCAAGUAAUAUAGGUUACAGGUUAGGGUCUUAUUACACAUACAAGAUAGCAGGGGGAUCGGAGUAUGGACUUAAUGUCUGGCCUCUGAAUAUAAACAACGAGAAAUCCAAAGGAACAUUAUUAUCAAAUCAGUGUCUGGGACUGGAAAAGGGGGAAUCUUUUAUUAGACGCACAAGGGACCAUCCAAUGAUUGAAAAGUCAAAUGUAAGAUGUAAAAGUCAACCAGACAUUUUAGAUGUUAAAGAAAGAGGCGCAUAUAUCUAACAUUCCCCAGAUAGCUAAAAUUCCAAGUUCUGCGUGUCUGAGUUACAAAAACGGGUUAUUUAUAUUUUCCAUGUCAUCAUAGAUGUUUUAUGCCUCGUCUCAUUCAUUUAAACAUUCCAAAGUUGAUCAAUAAUGUGUAAUGUUACACAAACUGCAUGCUUUAUUAUUUACAGUUAAUAUACACAGACAGAAGGUAAAAUCUGUAUUAGGUGCAUUUGGCAAAACACAGCUACAUACAUUCUAAAAUGUAAAAUCAGGUAUUGGGUGCACAGGAAAUACUAUUUAUCUGCACACUGAAAAGUAAACAUAUUGUACAUUUACAGAAAUAUAUACAUUCUGGUAGUAAGAUUGUAAGCUCUCCUGGACAAGAACAUAUUGACUGCCUCACUUACAAUCAGUGGUGAAUUUCCCAUUAGGCACGUGAGGCACAUGCCUAGGGGCAGCACUUGUUGGGGGCAUCACUAGGAUGCAUGUGUUGGUACUGUCAGACCGAAAUGCACCAGUAACUGCUAAAUAUUUCCACUGUACUCUAGUGUACCAUAUGCCAUCUUGAAUGGAAUGAGUAAGACAUGCAUAUUCUGCCCCUGUAAGCUGUCCUACUUAGUAAAUAUGUACACAUAAUUAAAAAUAAAACAAUGUCAUAAUUAGUGGCUUUUUUAUUCUGUUAAAUUGGCUAUCAUCAAAUGAGAGCUUAUAACUAAUCAAUGAAAAUAAUAAAAUGAGGACGGGGGGGUGGGGGUGCGGCUGUUACUGUUGUGCCUUGGGGCGCUCUCACCCCUAAAUCCACCCCUGCUUAUGAUGUUUUACAAAUAACCAAAU